AUGGAUCGGCAGACAAGCAGCGAAUGGAGUCAAUUUCAGCAGGAGCAUAUGCGUCCCCUACUAAUCACGAUAGAUCUAAUUGUGAACAACGUAGUAAACGCUACAGCACUAAUCGAUUGUGGGUGCCUUUGCUAUGCGCUGGUUGAUAAGAAGUUCGCCUACCGCUACUGUCUAGAGCGCUAUCAGAUCCCCGCCCGGAUGAUUGAGGGAGUGAAUGGUAAGCUAUCGGAGAUUAACGAAGUCGCCCGAUUCUCGUUCAAACUGCACGGGUACGAAGAGACUGCCUAUGCAUACGUGAUGAACCUGUCCUCAGAUGAGGACGUGUAUCUAGGAAGGGGGUGGAUAGACCACCGUGACGUGUCAAUAGCCCCCGCGAAGAAGAGCAUCUUUAUCCACUCAAAGGGCAUUCGAGUGCGAUCUACGGAAGGGACCCUACAGGGAGGGGUCCGACAAGUAAGUGCCGCUACGUUCGCGGCAUUACUCCGCAGACACAGGAACGCUCCGAACAGCGUUCAGAUCUUCGCCGCGUUAAUAGCAGACAUUGACAAGGCCCUACAGAAAAAGAAGCCGGUAGACGUGCGUGCACUGCUACCGAAGCAGUAUCAGGAGUUCUACGAGCUCUUUAACCCAAAGGAAGCCGAGAAGCUCCCACCUCACCGAGGUCUAGGAGUAGACCAUAAGAUCGAGCUAGAACUGAAGGAUGCUCAGCCACCAUAG